AUGGCGCUGCUUGGGGGCAUGGUUGAAUGGGUCGCGUUGCGCCCUCAGAACCAUCUUGGAGCCAUCUUGAGCCUUUUCGAGUCUUUUGAGGUGCUUUGGGAGGGCUUCAGGGCGGCCUCAGGAGGGCCGCGGCGCGAGUUGGCAGAGCUGUCCAACCUGGCUGCGACAAAGGACGCGUUCGUUCCCUCGACGAGCGAGGCGGUCCAGAAGUUCUGCGAGGUCCAGGCGGCCGCGUCCGUCAUGCAGCUGCAGAACAUGCGCAUGCUGUACGGGCUGAGCAUCAUCAAGAACAUCGGCGCGAUGUCCUUCAGGUGGCCCGCCGACAGCGGGGCCCCCGACGACGUCCGCUCGUACAUGGACGCGCCGACAGCUGCGCUCGUGGGAGCCCUCCUCGAGGAGUGCAAGCAGCAUGCGGCGGCCUCUUCGCAGUCGGCGAGCGCGCUCGUGGCGGCCCUCGAGACGAACCCGACGAUGACGCUGGGCGCGUUCUUCGGCCAACUCGGAGAGGAGCUUAUCAAGUGCGGCCAGGUCGUCAAGGACCACCCCUACAGCGAGCUCUCCCACAUGAAGGUCGCCUUCAUCAACGGCCACAGCAGGCUCAGCAACAAGGACCUGGAGAGUCGGAUCGCGGAGGCUGGGCUGCCGAAGGUGAACCUCACCAUGUUCCCCAACCAGAAGAUGAGCUCCCUCGAUAGCCUUUGCAACGCGGUCGUCGGGAAGGCGAAUCCGAACCACGUCUUGGCAGAGGCCUUGCGCAAUGCGGGCGAGUGCACGCAGGUGUUCGGGUCCAGGCUGAUGGACCGAGUGAGGCCGCCACCCGAGGCGACCACUGCGUUGGUGAAGGCGGUUGGCGGCGACGGCACCACUACUAAGACAGCAGGCGCGGCGAAGCCCGAGCUCGAGCCGAGCACCCCCGAGAAGCUCUGGUUGGCGGCGUUGCACGAGGAGGGCGGCGAGGAGUCCGUGCAGACAAUCCUGCACAAGAAGGUGGCUCGGCUGACCCAGCACUUCCUCGACACAUCGAUGGGCGGGCCGAGUGCCCAUGGAAACGGCUUGGACAGGAUCAGCGUCAACUUGGCCCCCACGAAGGCGGGCGGGGUCAAACUCGGCGACGUCGUGCAGACUGGGAAGGUUGCGACCCGCCUCAACAUCUGGGGCCGCGUGGUGACGGCCGACGUCGCCCAGAAUGUGAUCCGCAGCAACGUCAUGUACCUGGGCAGCUCCCACGGAUUGAGCCUCUUCGUGGACGGCACUGCCGUGCAGCAGUAUGGCAAGUCCGACUUGUGCGUCGGCUGGCUCGUGAAGCCGAUCAAGGUUCAACCGAAGACAGAGGCAGCUCCCGAGGACCCGCAGGGCGCCAAGAAGCGCAAGAAGGCGGCCAAGAAGAUCGAGGAUGAGAUCGCCACGCACGAGGUCGGGAGCUCCAAGUGGUCCACUGAGGUCUCGUUCAUGGGCCACAAGUUCACGUUCAGUUACAACGUGCCGCACUUGGACUUGAUCAUCAGGGACGGCGCCACCGACGAUACCUACGAGGACUUGCCCCUUCGCCGCCAGCUGAGCAGCUUGGACACGGACGACGACUUCUUCACCGACAUCGGCUUCGUGACCCCGCAGAAGAAGGCCAAGUUGAGGGCCACCGAGGCUUUUGCCUCCAG